GAACCCAACAUGAGGAAGUCCUAGCACUCAAGCUAUCCUGGCCUGGCUGAGGUGCCUGGGCUACCACAUUGAACGUCAGCCCCGAACUUGGAGCCUAUCGCCAACUGUGUGUCUUUUGUCACAGUCUCUGGUCCCAGCCCUGGGCCCUUGACAACCCCUCGCAUGCGGGGCCUUUCCUGAGCAAACAGCCGCAACCAUGGCCAGCACCCCCGGCCCAAGCCUCGCCCACCGCUCCGUGGCCAACAUCCGGACCGGUGCCGGCGCCGGAUCGCCCUCCGGAGCCGGCACUCCCGGAGUGGCGAGCGCUACCGGCAGCGCUGGCGGGGGCCCGGUCAGCCCGCACACGCCGCUGCGCGCCGGCAUGUCGCCCGCCUUUGCCUCGCCCUCGAGUCUGCGCGCCGAGGAGGACACCAUCGUCGUCGAGCUGGGCUCGCGCCGCCUCCGCGUCGGCUUUGCGGGCGACCCAUCCCCCAAGGCCAUCAUCGAGUUCGGCCCAGACCAGGCACGCCGCCUCGGCGACUUCCGCCACUGGGACCCAAAGAGCCAGCAGCAGCAGGUACUAACUCCCUGGGGCGAUGACCAUGAGCUGUGGCGCCUCGAUAUGAGAGGGCUUGACCUGGGCCUGGUGGCCGACAAGCUCGAACGCGGUUUGAGGGAGGCCUUCUCUACCCACCUCCUCAUCGACUCGCGCCCACGCAAGGUUGUGCUCGCGCUGCCGCCAAUGAUGCCAGUGCCUCUGCUUUCAGCGACGCUCGACACGGUCUUCAGCCGCUUUCUAGCGCCCAUCAUCUCGCUGCUGUCGUCGCCCGUCUCGACCGCCUUUGUCGGCGGCGUGCGCUCCGCUCUGGUCGUCGACGUGGGCUGGCACGAAGCCGUCGUCACUGCCGUCUACGAGUACCGCGAGGUCGCCUGCACCCGCAGCGUCCGCGCCGGCAAGGCCUUGGUUCACGAGACCCACGGCCUUCUCGCCCGCGCGGUUGCCGCCCAGGACGGCAGUGGCGACUCUACGGACGAUUCCGAUGGGAGCAAUACCAAGCGCGUCGUCAGCUUUGCCGAGUGCGAGGACGUUGUUGCCCGAGUGGUUUGGUGCAAGCCCGCAGUCGACAACGGCAACGCCACCAAGGAGGAGUCAUCGCCUGACGGCCUUACUACUGUCGCAGAGCAGGACGAGUCCGACACCGAGACGCCGCCACCACCACCACCACCUGCACCAGCGGACUCGCCCACAGACCUGGCCGGGGACAGCGUCAGCAUCCCUUUGACAUCAACACGCCCGCCAACCACGGUGACGCUCCCCUUUGAGCAGCUCGCAGAGCCGUGCGAGCGCGCCUUCUUCGAGAAGCAGUGCUCGCGGGCCAGCUUCGACGACGAGGAGCUGCCGCUGCAUCUUCUCGUCUACGAACACCUGGCGGCCCUGCCCAUGGACGUGCGCAGCGUGUGCAUGUCCCGCAUAAUCUUCACGGGCGGCUGCGCCGGCGUCCUGGGCCUGCGCGGCCGCGUCUUUGACGAGGUCGACCGCCUCGUCCGCCGCUGGGGCUGGGACGUCGUGCGUGGCAAGAUGGUCGACAAACGCCGCGCCGAGGGCCGCCCCAAAGCGGCCAAUAGCGGCGGCGGCGACGACGGCGGAUCCGAUCCCGCCGAGGCAGGCGGAGGAGACGCCGGAAAUGGCGAUGCCAACAAGCCCUCGGGGGGUCAAGAGGAGGACGGCGUGUGGCACGACGCGGCCAACGCGGUGCCGGCCCCGGACCCGAUCGAGGCGCACAUGCGCCGCCAGCAGCAGCAACAGCAGCAGCAACAGCAGAACGCCAAAACGGGCGCCGCCGCCGCGCGCAAGCUGGCGGAGCCUCCGGAGGCGGGCGACCUGCGCGCCAUCGAGUCCCUGGGACCCUGGGCCGGGGCGAGCCUGCUGUCGCAGCUCCGGGCGCCGGCCAUCGCGACCAUCGACCGGGAGCUGUGGCUGCAGCAGGGCGCGGCGGGCGCGUCGAGGGCGGCCGAGGUCGACCUCAAGGCCCAGCACCGGCAGAGCAUGCGGCCCGGCGAGUUCAUCAGCCGCGCCACGGCCGGCGGCGCCACCAACAACACGAACUGGACGCUCGGGGUUUGGGGGGCUCUUCAGUGAUGGCGCUUUUGCUGCCGGACAUGUUUAUGGCUUGGGAGCGAGGAGGGUGCCGUCUCCCCUAUCAUGAUACCCUGGGGAAAGUGUGCAUUGCAUGUUGUUUUGUCGGGGCGUGCAACUUGUUAGCUGCCUUCUAUUCCAGACAAUGGCAAGUUUAUGUGACAACUGUUCCCCCUGUCUCUUUGUUUUAGUUUUGCCGUUGUUACGCCCACUUGCCUUUGGUGUUGUCGAGGCACUAGACGGAGGUACCGGACGGAAGCCCUUAUCUCAUGGCCUCGAUUCAUCACUGCCGACCCGCAAUCGGACUCGACAUGGACUACAGGUCCCCGACAUAGACCAACCGACCCGGCACCCGCUCGAACCUUUGACGCCACAGACAUGCUAAUAGUCGCAAAGGCCUGGCCCAGACACCGUAUCCGCAUUCAGUCAGGUCUCAGAGUCGCGAAGAGGACAUUUACUAGAACAGCCUCGCUCAAGAUGCCCCUCACAGUUGGUCCCUCCGCCCCUCGUUCCAUUGUUCAACCUAGAGACACUGUGAUUGUCGGGUUGGAGAAAGAGGUUCGAAAAAGUUGGUUGAAAAGAGAGAAAAAAAAGACAAGAAAAUAUUUCUUCGGUAGCAUAACUUAUGGAAAAAAAAAAAACAAGCGACAAAAAAAGUCUGGAUAAG